ACUGGUUUGAGUCCAACCUGGGAGGUUACAAGCCUCUGAAGAAGCCUGAGGUGCCACUGGAGCCACCGGGAAGUGGGGACAGCAGAAGCUGGGGAUCCAGACACACCCCUCUUAUGUUCCUUGUGGUUGUCUGAGACCAGGGGACCCUUGUGGGACCUUCCCAGAAAAAUCUGUCUAUACUUGCUGAGCCAGAAGAUAACCUCCCGGAGGGUCCAACCUGCCCAUUUUAUAGAGGAGGAAACUGAGGGCCAGAAAGAGGAAAGGGACUUGCCUAUGGUCACCCAUGGUGAGUGGAGAAUAGAACACAAGCCUCCUGGAUGUGAAGUCUUUAGGGUGCCAGGGCCUGGGAGGACACUGAGAGGCUGAACGUGGGCUCCCCAGGGCCCAAUCUUCAUCUGUCUUGUACUUGAUACCUCCCCAGCUGGCCGGGCCAUGGAGCACCAGCAAAGGGCAGCCAGGCCCUGUGGCCUGGUCAGUGAACAGGAGUGAGCCAACCACCGAGUCUCUACCAUGCCCCCAGGGCCCUGGCUUUGCUUGGCCUUGCUCCUUGCAGCCCGGGCCCAGAGCUCUUGGGGUACCUGGCCCAGGAGGACCCAGCGCCCAUGGCCCAGUGACCUGGCCAUUGGUGUCAGCAGUGCCCGACGUGCUAGGAGCUACCAUCACCUGGAAGGUGACGUCCGAUGGCGGAGGCUCUACUCAUCCACCCACUUCUUCUUGCACAUUGGGCCCAGUGGCAGGGUCGAAGGCACACGGCAGCCCCACUGCCCCAACAGUAUCGUGGAGAUCCGCUCAGUCCGAGUGGGCGUGGUGGCCAUCAAAGCCGUCUACACCGGCUUCUACUUGGCCAUGAACCGCAGGGGAAGACUUUAUGGCACGAGGGAGUACAGCCCCAACUGCAAGUUCAUGGAACGGAUUGAGGAGAAUGGCUACAAUACGUACGCUUCCCUUCGCUGGAGGCACGAAGGCCGGCAGAUGUUCCUGGCCCUGGAUGGACGGGGGGCCCCUCGGCAGGGUGGCCGGACACGCCGGCAGCACCUUUCCACUCACUUUCUGCCCAUCUUGGUCUCCUAAGCCUGGACAAAGGGCCCCUGUGUGUAGAUAUAUACAUAUAGAUAUAUAUUUUUUCUCUAUUUAUUAUUUUUUAAAAGACAAGUAGGGGAGGGGAAGAUGCCCUCCUUUCACAGACCUGGGGAAAAUGCCUGGCGCCUUAUGGGAAUCCUCCAAGUCUGGCUGGAGAAUGUGAGGCCCCCGAAGAUUCUGGGAUGCUCAGCUCCCAGUGAAGGGGGAGCCGCUGCUAGAUCCAGGCCUCUGAGAAGGCCUGUGUUUAUCUGAGAACACAAAGUCAAGGUUCAGGGGGCAGUCCUGUUAACUUGCAUUUCUACAGUGCUUUAAGACUUACUAAGUAUUUUCCUCACAACAAACCUGUGGAGUAGGAAGGACAAGUAAAAUCAUUUCCAUUUUACAGAGGACAAAACUGAGGUCAGAAAAAGGAAGUGAAGUGCCUAGGCACACACUGCUAUAGAUGGCUGAGUCAGGACGGAAACCCUAAUCUCCAUUUAUACGUCUGCCCAGCCCCCAAGAGGGCUCUGGGCUUCACAGUGGAGGCACAAUGGGUUGGGAGGCUCACUUUGUCUCUAGUUCACAAAUGGAACUGUGCCCUUCCCCACUGCGGACCUCAGUUUUCCCUUCUGUACAGUGAAAGAUGUUGGACUCAGUGGUUGUUGACGUUCUUUAUUCUAUGGGCCAUUCUAGUUCUUGACAUUCUAUAGUCUCUCUUCGAAAAAAAAACCUUCCAGCGUUGACCGUCUCUAUUCUACUGGCCUUGCGGUUCAGACACUCUGUACCCUUUGUUUGCUGAACUCUCCUAACUCUGCUUUUCUGUAACUGUCCCUGCUCUGACCUAGGUUCUAAGGUCCUCUCCAGCUCUGGCGUUCUAAGGAGAAGAUGGCAUUGAGAGCAAACCCAAUAGACGAAAAGCCAGAUUCAUAAAAGAAAACGAGGGCAUAAUGCUUUAUAAAAAGAUCUUUGGAACUUUGAAAUAGGACUUUAAUUUAAAGAUUUCAAUUGAAUUGAAAGAAAUUCAAUUUCCUCUCUAUCUGCCAAAAAGAAUCCCAAGCUCAGUCAGUUCUCAGUGGCCCUUGCCCAGGCUAGAUCUGGAACAGGGCCAGAGUAAAUGGUGGUAAAUGUUUAACAGCCAGCUUUCGAGGGGGGCUUUUAAGUUUAGUCUGCAUUAUUAACCUUUUUUUCAUCAUUUUGUUAAGUCUAGACAAUCAGCAAAACAAUAAAUCAAAUGCUGACGUAGUCAUAGGCAAUUUCUAAAAUUUAACAAUCGGCUCUUGAGAGCUGAACUAGCUUUAACACACGUCUGGCUGGACUUGACUCAAAGCGCUGAGAAUGAGGUGCCUCCUGGCUUCCUCUGCACCAUGCCAGGUACCAGAAGAAGGCUGGGCCCAGGCAAGGAGAUAGAUUGGCCCUAAGGCAAGCUAUGCAGUGAAUAUAUAUAGUCCUCCUUGUUGGAGAUACUAAUGCUUUUUCCUUUGAGUUUCCUCUACUUCUCUAAUGCUCCUGAAAUUUGGAAGGGAUGGAUAGGAGAAAGAAUACCAGAGCUAGAGGGGUCCUUAGCCCUGCUAAGCCCUCUUCACGUAGUAAGCUGAUGCCAUCCUAGGAUAAGAAGUUCUCCUUCCUGAAAGAUACCUUCUCAAAGGGAGUUUGCCAUUGUCAGAUGCUCAGAUGAGUAAGAAUGGCCUUCUCUAUAGGAGUUUAAUAAAGGCUAUCUCUUCUAUUCCCAAAUGCUUAUAGUGCCCUGCAGAGGGGGGCAGGACAUGGAUGAUUAUCCUCAUUUUACAGACAGGUAAACCGAGGACCCAGAGCGGGGAAGGGACUUGCCCAAGGAGUCACAUGUCAAAGUUAGUGGCAGAGACAAUACUAAGGAGUCUUAUUUUCUAGAAAAGAGGCAAGUCAAGAAUUAGGAUUGGUUCCUAGUCCUGCUUCCAUCACUUAUUUCCAUGCCAUUUUCUCUUUUCUAUGCCUCCAGUUUUUUCUCCAUUAAAGGAAUGUGUGUGUGAGAUAAAACUAGUCCAACCAACCUCACAUGGUUGUUGUGAUUUUUCUAAAGGGCUCAUGAGAGAAACAUGGGUGGCUAUUACACAUUCAUGACUCUUUCUACUACUCUUCCAUGAUGCUACUGAAAGUUGGGAAAGAUGAACAGGAAAAAGAAUGUUAAAACAAGAAGAAUCCUUAGAGGAAUUAUUGUCUGGCUCAUUUUACAGAGGAAGAAACUGAGGCCCACAGAGGGGAAGGGACCUACCCAUGGCCAUACUGUGACCUCAUGCUAGAACCUCAGACUCAGUUCCCAGUCUAGGGCCUUUUUCAUCCAAGAGACUACUUAUUUCUCAUAUCUGAGUAAAACCAUAGGUCUUAUUCAGUUCAGUUUCAAGAAACAUUUAUUAAGUGCUGACUAUGUGCAAAGGAAAGUUUGACACAAAGGAUACAUGGCAAAAACCAAAAUAAAACCUUUUCACAAAGAGCUUACAUGCCUUUGGGAGUUCUUGCCUAUUCAAAUGAAGGGAGCUGGGGAAUGGAGAACCCAAGAGGUAAUUUUAUUUCCACUUUACCUAUACUUAUUCCCCUAAUUUCUUUUAUUGCCUUAUUUCUAUAGUAAGCGUUUCUAGCACUCUUAUCAAUCAAAUAGUAAAGGAGGAUAAUGGACAUCCUUGCUUUACCCCUAAUCUUAUUGGAAAGGCUUCUAGUUUAUUGCCAAUACAGGGAAUGGUGGCUCUUGGUUUCAGGUAAGAUAUCUGUAUUAGUGUUUUUGAACAGGAAGAGAUAUUGACAGGAAGGUCCUCCACACCCCCAUUUCUCCUUCCUUCCUACCCUUUAGCUACAUCGAGCUCAGGCUAGCAGGGAGGAAGGAACUCGGCCAUACGUUACCUCAAUUCUAAAUUCAAACUCUGUUCUCCUCUCUUCAAGGGAGAGGCCAAGGGAAUGUUUUUUUUCCUCUACUCUGUCCAAAGGGAAACACCCUAUAUUAAGACUAGGACAUGCGCUUGGGUACCUGGGGCCUGAAUCACCAAGAAGCCAAGGCCCUUCCCAAGGAGAGAAUGGCAGCAUGUGGCAAGAGCCCAAGAGGAGCCAUUCUUCUGGGAACAGCAGGUCUGACUGGCACUCAGGACUCGAGCACACACAUUUCCAUUAGAUUGUAAACUCCUUGAGGGCAGAAACCAUCUUGUCUCUUUUUGUAUUUCCAGCACAGUGGAUGCUUAAUAAAUGUUGAUGGAUCGAUUGA